UAAACGGUCACACUGUUGUUAUCAUUACAAACAAUUACCAAUAUCCUAAAAUGAUUGAAAAACAGUUCGUUUAGUAAAAAGAUACCUAAAAUCGGUUUAAUUAACCUUUUUAAUCAUACUACAAAUAUUGCCUUCGCGUCAGAAUUUACAGUUUUGCUGCUAGGCUCAGAAACCAAUCUUGUGCGGCUUUCACCAAUGAAGUAACCAGUACCAGUUACGGAUAGCUUUGAGAAUUGAUUCUGUUCAGACAAUAUGAAGCGCAGAUCCACUGUCAAAGACCCUUCCCCAAAAACCCUGCCCUAUAAAGUGGUACACAAUGAGAUUUGCAAGCCCGGUACUGAGGAGAAAAUUAGGAUCUUGAACGAGAAAAUGGAUAUGGUUCUCCAAAAUCAAAAGAAAAUGCUUCUUGUUUUAAGCCAACUAACUAAUCGGGAAACCGAUUCAUUGGGACCCCAAAUAGUUUCGGUAAAUAGCAUACGACACCUAAUGAGUCCUGCGUCAGGGGAUUGGUCACCACAAGAAUUCCCAUUGACGGAACUGGAACAAGUAGAAAAAAUGGAGGAGGAAAUGAAUGAUCCGAUAAAGCAAUCAAUAUAUAUCAAAACCAUGCAGGACAUUCUGAAACCCGGAGGAACACUCUGUCCUGGUGGUCUGAAAAAACAAUUUCACCUCAUACUUGAAAAAGAUUUUUUGAAUGAUUUUAAUUUUGAUGGCAUCCACAACAAGAUUCCCCUCAAAAAGUUUGGAAAUUUUAACAACGCUUUAUUUGAAGUUCAGAAGCGUGAAGGAUACUUCAGAGACGACUACGUCUCUGAAAUCAGACUAGCAUUUCGUGCCUAUAAAAACCGUAGACAUAAGUUUAUUUCCGAUGCCCGGAAGAAACUUAGAGAAGCAAUGGCCGUAAUGGAGCCCCAAGUAAAAUUUGAAGAGAUUAUGUAUCCAGACUCAAAUUAGCGUAAUGUCAAAUCAAAAAUACUGUUAAGACGAUUGUAUAUAAAUAAUUUUUUGGUUGUAAAUUAGUAACUAUUAUGUUGUUCUAUUAAAACACACAUUUUUUGGGUGCUCAAA